UGACUGCGCAGAUUUGUUUUUUGUAUUCCUACACCAAACGAAGAUUGAAAUCUGGACCGUGCCCUGGCUGAACUCCAACCUUCUACCUGACCUCGUCCCCUUUUUACCUGAUUGUCAGUACGUGUAAUUUGGACCUUCGCGUCCCGACUCCACUUCUUCACACUUGCAUGACCCCAAGGUCUAACUCCAAGCCUGUCACAACACGGAUUGGGUUUCUCUCGAAAGAAAGUCAUCACACUCAAACAUCAAGAAGAUGGGAGUUACUGAAGGUUCUACAUGUUUUAAACAAUUUUUAUUACCUUUAAAAUCUAUAGUUAUUGUAGGCUGCUAAACUGACUUACAACAGUGAACUAUCAAAGUGAAAUUCAGUUCUUAAUGUGACAUUCACAUGACCAAUGGAGUCAUGUUGAACUUACAGAAUAGUACUCCAUGGAAGGUCCCACUUCCUUUGCAAUGUAUAUACAUAUUCAAGGGAUUGAUCCUUAAUGAGUCUUUUGGAAAAGAUUGUUCACUGACAGAAUUUUUCAUAUUAAAUAAAGUAUAGUAGUUUUGUAGAUCAUCUUGCAUGCCAUUAUUUCCUCAGUUAGUAAAUUGUAACAGCUUAAUUGUUGCAUUAAGUUAAUUCUUGUGUGAAUGGUUGUUUUGGUAAAACAAGGUAUUGUGAACUUCUAAUUGGCAGUCUUUUGUAAAGAUUAUAAAUUAAGUUGGAAGCAAAAGUGCAAGUGAAUUCACUUUAUGUUGCAGCUAUUUUCUUACGUAUAAAAACUAUAAUAUUCUAACUGUCAAGAUUAUGGUGACAAAAAUGGAUUCAGAAGUCACCUUAGGAUUUCAUUUCAAAAGUGAAACUGAAGAGACUAUAUCCCUUAUUGACCAUAGAGAUGAGAGAGAUGAGUAUUUGGUUGACUGUAGUUCUGAAAUUGACAAUCCUUUAGCAUCAUCUCCAUUCAUUUGUGAAAAAAAUUUGGUCGACUGUAGUGCUGAAAUUGAAGAUUCAUUAUUAGUCUCUUCAGUCAAUCAUGAAGAAGAGGAUUUGGUUGACUGCAGCUCUGAAGUUGACAAUCCAUUGUCAGCAUCUCCAACCAAUUGUGAAGAGGAUUUGGUUGGCUGUGGUACUGAAGUUGAAGAUUCGUUGUCAGUCUCGCCAGUCAAUCAUGAAGAAAAGGAUUUGGUGGACUGUGGCGCUGCCGUUAAAGAUCCAUUAUCAGUCUCUCCAUUCUACCAUGAAGAAAAGGACUUGCUUGGCUGUUAUGAGGGUACUAAAGAUAUCUCUCUGCCAUCAGAUUCAAUCGUGAUGUUUAAGGCAGAGCCAGAAAUAUAUGAGAGUAGUGGAGAGCCAGAAAUUUAUAAGAGUAAUGAAGAGCCUCAAAUUGAUUUGAGUAGUGAGAGUGAAGUGAAAUAUUCAAACAUAAUGGAUUCAUCAGAUAGUGACAUUUUUGGAAAUUGUUUGAUGAGCAGUGAGCGUGAAAAAUUUCCUCAUCAGGAAAGUGGUCUCAAAACUUACAUUAAUGGACACACUCAAAAAAAGUCAUUUGUGUGUUUGAAUUGUGGAAAACAGUAUGCUAAGAAAUCGAACCUUAAAACUCACAUGCUGAGUCAUACUGGGCAAAAACCAUAUACCUGCAAUGAAUGCGGAAUAGCCUUUUCUGAGAAAAAUAGACUCACAAAGCACAUGAGGGUUCACACUGAGGAAAAGCCAUUCAAAUGCAAAAUCUGCGGGAAGGCCUUUUCUCGGAAAAGUUACAUGAGGCUUCACACGAAGAGGCACAUUGGCGAGAAGUUCAGUUGCGGUGAAUGCGGGAGGGAAUUUACUCAGAAAACAUACCUGAAGUAUCACAUGAGAGUUCAUACUGGAGAGAAACCAUACAAGUGUGGGGAAUGUGGGGAAGCAUUUUCUCUGAGGACUAGUUUCAUUAGCCAUAUGUACGGUCACACUGACAAAAAGCCGUAUGCGUGCAGUGUCUGUGGGAAAGCGUUUACCAAGAAGUGUAGUCUUGUAAGUCAUAGGAACAUUCACAAAGGUGAAAAGCCAUACAACUGUAGCGAAUGUGGGAAAGCAUUUGCUCAGAAAUCUAGCCUCAUGUGUCAUGUAAAAAUUCACAGUGGAGAAAAGCCAUUCAAAUGUAGCGAGUGUGGGAGAUCGUAUUUAUACAGAGAUCAUCUCAGAAGGCACAUGAGGAUUCACACUGGAGAGGGCAAAUUCUUCGAAUGCAGUGUCUGUGGGAAGAAAUUUCAGCAGCCAAACACUUUAAGAAGACACAUGACAUGUCAUACUGGAGAGAAGCCAUUCAACUGUACCAUCUGUGGGAAAGGGUAUGCUGAGAAAAGCACCCUCACGAAACACUUGAGAAUCCAUACGGGAGAAAAGCCCUUCAGCUGCAGCGAAUGUGGCAAAGCUUUCUCACAGAAAGGCCAUCUUGCAGUUCACAUGAAGAGUCAUAUAGGAGAGAAGCCUUUUAAAUGCAGCGAGUGUGGGAAAUCGUAUUCUCACAGAAGUAAUUACGUGAGUCAUAUGAUCAAGCACAGGGGCGAGGAGCUAUUCAGAUGUGAAGUAUGUGGGAAAGCGUUUUUCCCAAGAAGUAAACUGCUGAGGCAUAUGAAGACUCAUACGGGAGAGAAGCCAUACAAAUGCGGUGACUGUGGGAAAGAGUAUGCUGGGAAAAGAGACUUCCUAAAACACAUGAAUAGUCAUACGGGAGAGUAACUAAUUCGGUGUAGUGAUUAUGGGAAGGCAUGUUCUCAGAAAAAUAGCAGUCAUACAGGAGAGUUACUAUUACUGUGCAGUGAUUAUGAGGAAGCAUGUCUCAGAGUAAUAGUAGUCACACAAUAAAUUAACUACCACUUCUGUGCGUUGAUUUUGAGGAAGCAUGUUCUCAGAAAAGUAAGCAUACAGGAGAGUAACUACUGCUGUGUAGUGAUUAUGAGGAAGCAUGUUCUUUGAAAAGUGCUCGUACAAGUAAAAAUAUAAUUCAUACGGUAGAAUCCUUAUAUAUUCUUGUGAGAAAGAAAAAGGACUUUCUUUGAUAAAUUUGACUGGAGGAGCUGUCAUGGUACUGAAGCCAUAGAGGGAACUGUUCUUUGUGAAAUAAAUUGGAUGAUGCUGGUGAUAUCAGUCAGGAAAGAAGGGACUCCAAAAGUAAACACUGUGGGGUAUGAAACAAAUAUGUAGUACAUUAUUGUAACUUCUAAAGGUAUACCUCUCAGAUAGGUUAGUAGUUCUUGCAAAUUAUAGAGUUCAUUCAGAGAAGUAUUUUUUCAAGAGUAUCAGAAAAGGCAAUGAGGCUGAAUAAACAUAUAUUUUUAAA